AUUUCUGUCUUAGGUAAUACGUGCUAUACAGACAGCAGUAAAGUGACCGGAUUCCUUCUACAAAGCUGUCCUCCUAUUUUACUUUAGUAUGGCAUUAAACGGGAAAACUGCUCUAGUGACCGGUAUUUGUGGAGGCAUGGGAUCUGAAAUUGCAAGAUCCCUUGCCCUAUCUGGAUGCACUAUUCUCGGAACAGACCGUUACGAUGCAAAAACUGUUACAGAUAAUAUCGAAAAACUCACCCAAAUUUGCAAAAAGGAAGUUCGGUAUUUUGAAUGCAACCUGCUUAAGAGAGAAAGUAUAACUGAUCUUUGCCAAAAAAUUGAUUCUGCCGUUCCAGCUGGUGUAGACAUAUUAGUAAAUAAUGCAGGGGUUGUCUUCUUUGACCUCCUUGAAAAUAAAACGCUAGAGGGUUUCGAUGAAGAAAUCACUGUAAAUUUGACGGCACCAUUUCAUCUUUCUAAACACUUUUUUGUGUCAAUGAAAAAGAAAGGAUGGGGGAGAAUUGUGAACAUAUCCUCGGCGCUGGGGCUGGUAGGGUCCCCUAAAACCACAGGUUAUUCGGCCGCAAAGACAGGACUCAUUGGACUCACUAGGGGCAUUGCAGUAGAGGCUUCGCAGUAUGGAGUGACGUGUAACAGUAUAUGUCCUUGCACAGUUGAUACAGACAUUGUUAAGCCACUACUUUCUUCCAUGCAAGAGGAAUCGGGCGAAAGUCGUGAAAGGUGUUUGGAGAAACUUGCAGAAGUGAAUCCUACGAAAAAGAAUACCACAACUACUCAGAUUGCUGAAUUAGUGAUUUUCCUUUGCUCACCAGCAGCAGACAACAUGACAGGUACAGCUAUUCCGUUGGAUGGAGGAUUGACCGCACAGUAGGACGGACAUUGUAUCUAAUGUGCACUCCCAAACAGGCCGUGCAUAAUUACUCGCAUUGUUUACAGAUGAAACCCUUUUGUGGACAUUACCUCAAUUUUAUUCUAAACUUAUCUUUUUUUUUAAACAUUCCUUGCCUAAAUGGCAAAUAUGAUACAAGGCGUUACCAAACUUUUGAUGGAUUUAGUAUAUCUAUAAAAGACCAUAUUUAAUAUCGUUUUUAGAUAAUUUUGUAAAAAGGAAAAAUUUUGAAUAAAUGAAUUUACAAAUGAAA